GCUUUGCUGGCCACAACAUUUCCCGCCAUCUCAACUCGCGGCGCAUGACGGGAUCCAUCCGUGUUCAAGAAACAUGGCGGACAAAGAGGAUGAGCCGACGAUCGCUCAAGACUUGGUUGUCACCAAGUACAAAAUGGCUGGAGAAAUGGUCAACAAAAUUCUUAAACAUCUAUUGACCAUGUGUACAGCCGGCACAUCUGUACUCGCCAUUUGCGAAGAAGGUGACAGACAGCUCAAUGAAGAAACGAGCAAGGUGUUUAAGAAGGAGAAAGAGCUGAAGAAAGGCAUCGCUUUUCCCACCUGCGUUUCGGUAAACAACUGCAUCUGCCACUACUCCCCACUCAGGUCUGACACUGAGUACAUCCUGAAAGACGGAGAUGUAGUCAAGCUGGAUUUGGGAGCGCACAUCGAUGGUUUUAUUGCGGUUGUGGCACAUACAGCCAUCGUGGGAGCGAGCCUUGUAAGUAUGCCAUCUGCUGCCUUGGCCGUGAGCAGCGCUGGCUAACACUGCUAACAUCGAUGGGAGGAUGGCCUCUAAU